AUGUCAUCUCACCCUUUCCAGGUCAUUGAUUUGUGUGCUCCUGCAGAAGAAACUUCACGUCUGCUAUUAGAAGCUGCAAAUACUCAAGGUUUUCUGUUUAUUGACGGCCACUCUUUUUCUCAACAACAAGUAGAUGCUUUGUUUCGCUUAUCCAUGGAGUACUUCACCAAUACUCCCCACCACGAAAAGCUGCAAUAUGCUUUCGAUGUCGCCAAGAAUUAUGGAUACACUGAUUAUACUCGUGAACAAGGGGACCCCAGCAAGGCCAAAGACUUCAAAGAGUGCUACAAUUUUGGUUCUAUAAAUUUCAGCAAUGGUACUUACAACGGCCAAUCGCGGUCUACUUCUGAAAAUUGUAUGCAGCAUGGUGAAGUUCCCCCAUUGUUUACUUAUCACAAUGACUUAAUUGUUGACAGCAUCAAGAAAUUCCAUGAGCUGGCCAGGAAUAUCAUGGGAUUAUUCACGGUAGCCCUUGGAAUCAUCCAAGAAGAUUUCUUUGUAUCCAGGUUCAGUGACGAUAAGAAGAACGGAUGUGUCAUGAGGUUGUUGCACUAUCCCCUUUUCAGGGAUGAUGGCGUUGAUGGCAGCUCUGGGAUUGACCCGACGCUAAGAAUUGGACCUCAUUCGGAUUACGGCGCAUUGACACUCUUGCUUCAAAAGGAAGGAGAGCAAGGGCUGGAAGUGCAAUUGGACCCGGGCUGUGACCAGUGGACAAAGGUUCCGUUUUUGACUUCCAGAUACGAAGGUUCGGCUCCUCCAAUUGUCGUUAACUUCGGUGACAUGUUGAGCUUUUGGACAAAAGGCGUUAUUAGGAGCACGAAACACAGAGUGAAAAUUGACCCUGGUGAAACGAGAUCCAGUGACAGAUACUCCAUUGUGUUUUUUACCCAUCCUGACGCAGACACUACCCUAGAUCCCGUUCCAAGUAGAGUCAUCGAGAGUAACUCUAAUGGCAUUGGGGCACCUCCGGUGACGGCUUACGAGUAUUUGUCUGCUCACCUCUCCCGCGUGAUCAACUCAAUUCCCAGUCAUGACGGCAUGGUAUAG